AUGGCGCCCUCUCCCACAAUGCGCCGGCUUCUCAAGGAGACAGCAGAACUCUCCUCUCCCUCUUCCAACCCCAACCCAGCCUUUUACGCCGGUCCGGUAUCCGACGAAGACCUUCACGAAUGGCAUUUCACCCUACUAGGGCCGCCUUCUCCAUCUCCGUAUGAAGGCGGCAUGUACCAUGGACGCAUCACGUUGCCUCCAUCGUACCCGCUCAAGCCGCCCAACUUUCGCUUUCUCACGCCGUCGGGACGCUUCGAGGUCAAUCGUGAGAUCUGCCUGAGCAUCUCCGGGUUUCACGAGGAGACGUGGAUGCCGGCGUGGGGCGUGCGGACGGCCCUGACAGCACUGCGGAGUUUCAUGGCCGAGAAAGGCACCGCGGGACAAGUUGGAGGUCUGGAAGCCAGCGUCGACGUCAGGAAGAGAUUGGCUCGAGAGUCGAGGGCCUGGAAAUGUGAGGCGUGCAGGAAGAGUAACGAGGCUAUAAUGGGGGAGUGGUGGGAGGUGUGUAGGCAAAACGGUGUGAAUGUACAAGAGGAGGAAGGCGUGCAGUUGGAAACGCUUCCCGAAGGGAUAACCCUGGAACCGCGCAGCCCUGGGCCACAAGAUGAGAAGCGCUCGCCCACGAACUCGACCCCAGCCCCGGCGGACGCUACAUCGGGACCGGAGCAAGUCAUAUCGGCAAAAACCGACGACAAGGGAAAGGGCAGAGCAGAUGCCGCCUCGCCGCCCGCCUACAUCAAGGACGAAAAUAUCAUGUCCGAUAAUGCGCAGCAACAAAGCCGGGUACCGACAUCACAUCCAGAGACCGUGUCUAGCACAAGUACGGGGACGAGUACGAGUACACCAUCACAGACACAGAACACAUCAACAGCCCCAGACAGCAAUACAAGCCUACUACAACCACCACAACAACAACAACAUCAUCACCCUCACCCUUCUCCGCCGCCGCCGCGGAUGAUUCCUACCCCUUCCGCUGAAGCGGCCCAAGCAUCUGCCGAAGCCGUGCUUACACCUUCAGAUCUCUCCUCCUCCUCCCCCUCCUCCGGGGCACAUCGACCAAGCAUAUCCCUCAUCUCCGGCAUCCACGCACCUCCACUCACCGCGGCAAACGCGGCGCUUCAGAACUCCAACUCCGCGGCACCCCUGAUCCUCCAGCGCGACCGGGCAAGGGAGAGCGUCACGAUCGACCGAGCCAUUGCCGGGGUCUUCCUCGCCCUGUGCCUGAUGGUGCUCAAGAAGAUCUUCUACCCUGCCGGUUCCACGAACGGCGCGGGGUUCGGAGGAGGCGUGGACGACUUUUACCUCCAACGUGAAUGA